AACAUGAAAUCCAAUUUGAAAACUUCAGUUACAGUUGGAGCGUAUAGCCAAUCGGUUCGUUUUCUCUGAAGUAACGCUUGCGUGAGUUUUUCGUUCGCGUGUCAUUCCGCCGUGUCGAAGAAAUCGUGUAAAAUACCAGAAAUUCAAUUGGAAAAGUUUUUGAGUACGCCAUCAAACACAGGCGUCAAAGCUAUUUCUCGUCUAAUAGAAGCAAAUGACUUAUAGUGAAUCGCGUGACUCUGGGCACUGUAUGAACGCCAUCACCACCACCAUUACCACCAUUGUCGCCUAACUCACACACGCACGAGAUUUAGCGAAAAAACGCCAAAAAAACCCCCCCAAAACACCUAGAAAAAGAAAAACAAUUUAGCAAUUGCCGGCUCUUUAAACGUGUUUUUGUGCAAAAAUUAAAAAAUUAAAGAAAGAAAAAAAAAGGUUGGAGAAAAAAAUUAAUGGACAACUGCUAAAUGCUUGUGUUUGACUAUCAUCGUCAAUCGUUAACGUCGUUUGCCAAUCAACGUCAUUGCCGCCGGUAUAUUCCAGAGAAAAAUUAAUCGAAGCAGCAGCAGUAGCAGCAACAGCUCCAUCAUUAUCAUCAUCAAACAUCGCCGUCGUCGUUAGUGUCCUCAUCAUUGCAUGUUUCCUGCCUGGCAAUUACUAACGACCCUGCACAUCACCCUGUAGAUUUUACAAAAUUUUAUUAAAUAAGCAUAAUGACUGUUUAACUACUACAACUCUUCAAAUCAAAAUCUGCACUAAGAUAUCUCAAUUGUAAACAUCAUUACUUUCAUAGGAAACCGUUGAUAUAUAAAACCGUACGCAUGUGGUCGCAAAAGUCUGAGUUAAUACUUCAAACAACAACAACAACAGAAACCACAGCAUCUUCAACUUCAGUGAACAUCAAUAACGAAAUAAUAACAAUAACAACAUCAAAAUUCAUGCACAUGAAAUAUAAUCAAAAUUUAUUGAAUUCUGAUUAGAAAUUGUAACUCUGGCUACCCCCCCAACACCCCAACACCCCACAGCCUCGAAAAACAUCGAAAAGUGAUCUCCACACAAUAUCCUAGGCCAUUUCCUAUUUGUGUGUGUGUGUGUGUGUGUGUAUAUUUUGGCAAAAUUGUAACCCCUUUUGCGACGGCACUACGGCUACGUUACUUGUCUUCAAGAUUUAUACCCCACAGGGCCAUAACCAUUAUCUAACCCAGAAAUCUAUUCAACUAUGAAUUUAUAUCACAAUCCAAAUAACGAUGAUGAAUGUGACAAUUCAAUAUCAUCACAGUGUGGAGUCAAGAGCAGCAACAGCAUUUCCACCAAUGACAAACACAUUUGGCAACAGGAAACGGAUAUGCUGUUGAAUGCAUCUACAAAUGUGAACUUCAAAACUGGCAAACCAUCAUCAUUGCCGAAGAGUUGCACACCGGAACAUCAAAAGAGGGCCACUAGUUGGUGUCCCCCAAAUGAUGAUCAUGAAACCACCACCAUCACAUUGGCAACAUUGAGAAAAUGCUGUCGUAAAUCGUAUGAUGAUUGCACUACCUGCCCGGAAGUCAAGAUAACGGAUGAGCAGCCAACAACAUCGAUAACAACAUCAAAUUUCCAUCAAACUCAAAAAUGGCGUCAGCGACCCCGGGGGCGGAAGGCUGACGAUGAUGAUGAUGAUGAUAAUGAUUUGGAAAGCAUCGAUAGCACCAACCUUAGUACCAGUAGCUGCAACAGUAACAGUAGCCCAACGAAACCAGUGAUAUGGAAUCUAUUCAAUUUUGGCAAAAUGCAUUCACAUCACCCUAGACCACAAACCAAGCACCAGCACCCAUUAGGGUCGUCGUUCUCCUUGUCAACAUGCACACAACUGUAUAAAUAUAUCCUAGUGAUGCUUGUGAUAGUGCCUAGUGUAUUGGCUGUGCCUAGCCAGCAGCAACACCAUCACCAUCAUAGCCAGAGUAAUGUGUUGCCCUUAAACGAGGGUAAACCAUCAAGGAUACUGACCACCAAAAAUGCCACCUCAUCCGCCGGAGCAAUAGAAACAGCAAUUAGUCAACAUGUAAAUAGUAGCAAUAAUUAUCACAGCCCCAGCCCCAGCAUCCAGGAUCACAUAUCCACCACCACCACCACCAACCCCACAACCAACAGUGACAAUGACCUGUAUAUAAGCCACAAAAAUGUGAAUGCCACCAAUGCUGCUGUCAAGAUAAUCCUCAACGAUUAUAACGAUGCCUUCUCACAAAUUAUCAAUAAUGAAAAUAAGCAGCAACGCCAACAAAAUCAAGAUUUGCAACAUCCAACACAACAACAACAUGAUGAUCUAUUGGAUAGCUUCCGUGGCACUCAUAGUUUACCCCGCCGACCUUUGUAUACGAACGAGUUUGCCGUACAUAUACCAGCUGGUCCCGACAUGGCCGAUAUCAUAGCUGACAAAUAUGGUUUUACCAAUUUGGGUCAGAUCGGUGCUUUAAAGGACUACUAUCUCUUUCACCAUAAGCGUAUCUCAAAACGUUCACUUAAAACCAGUGAUGAACACCAUAGCGCCUUAAACUCGGAGCCUGAGGUCAGAUGGAUGCAACAGCAACAUGAAAAAAUUCGCGAAAAACGUGAUGGUUCCUAUUCCACCCUACCCGGCUACAGUCCAUAUGAUAUCAUACGUCAGGUCACAGGUUUUGGUGGUCUUCCAUCCCUUCAUGCAGUGAAUAGUCCUGAAACAUCAUAUCGCAAUGGUCUGACACGGGCGCCACGUAUACAAUAUCGUGAUGCAGGUCCCCAUAACAUAUUCCCCGAUCCCUUGUUCAAGGAACAAUGGUAUUUGAAUGGAGGCGCCAAAGAUGGCUUGGAUAUGAAUAUUGGCCCCGCAUGGCAAAAAGGUUACACUGGCAAGGGUGUGGUUGUCUCAAUAUUGGACGAUGGCAUACAGAAAAAUCAUCCUGACCUUGCACAAAACUAUGAUCCCGAUGCAUCAUUUGACAUUAACGGCAAUGAUUCUGAUCCAACGCCACAAGAUAAUGGCGAUAACAAGCAUGGCACCAGAUGUGCUGGUGAAGUGGCCGGUGUGGCUUUCAAUAAUUACUGUGGUGUAGGUGUUGCAUACAAUGCCAGUAUUGGUGGUGUCCGCAUGUUGGAUGGCAAAGUUAACGAUGUCGUCGAAGCGCAAGCCUUGAGUUUGAAUCCCUCCCACAUUGAUAUCUACAGUGCUUCAUGGGGUCCCGAAGAUGAUGGUUCCACGGUUGAUGGUCCUGGUCCCUUGGCUCGCCGUGCCUUUAUCUAUGGCGUUACAAGUGGUCGUCAGGGUAAAGGCUCCAUAUUUGUUUGGGCCUCUGGCAAUGGUGGUCGCUACACUGAUUCCUGCAAUUGUGAUGGUUACACCAAUUCCAUAUUCACUUUGUCGAUUUCAAGUGCAACACAAGGAGGUUUCAAACCUUGGUAUUUGGAAGAAUGCUCAUCAACACUGGCCACCACUUACAGUUCUGGAACACCUGGCCACGAUAAGAGUGUAGCCACCGUCGAUAUGGAUGGUCGCUUGAGACCCGAUCAUAUUUGUACCGUCGAGCAUACAGGUACUUCGGCUUCAGCUCCUUUGGCUGCUGGCAUUUGUGCCUUGGCUUUGGAGGCUAAUCCCAAUCUAACAUGGCGUGACAUGCAAUAUCUGGUGGUGUACACUUCGCGACCAGCUCCCCUGGAAAAGGAAUCCGGCUGGAUGUUGAAUGGAGUGAAGCGCAAGUAUUCCCACAAAUUCGGUUAUGGCCUUAUGGAUGCUGGAGCCAUGGUAUCACUGGCCGAGCAAUGGAGUACAGUACCACCACAGCAUAUAUGCAAGUCUAGGGAAAACAAUGAAGAUCGCAAGAUAGAAGGCACCUAUGGCUAUACUUUGGCCACCCAUAUGGAUGUGAAUGGUUGUGCGGGAACUAUUAAUGAAGUUCGUUACUUGGAACAUGUACAGUGUCGCAUUACCCUGAGAUUUUUCCCCAGAGGAAAUCUGCGUAUACUGCUGACAUCGCCCAUGGGUACUACCAGCACUUUGCUGUUUGAGAGACCUCGCGACAUUAUCAAGUCCAAUUUUGAUGAUUGGCCUUUCUUGAGUGUGCAUUUCUGGGGUGAGAAGGCCGAGGGCAGAUGGUCUUUACAGAUCAUCAAUGGAGGACGGCGACGAGUCAAUCAACCUGGCAUUCUAUCCAAAUGGCAAUUGAUUUUCUAUGGCACCGCAGUACAGCCCAUGCGUCUGAAGAGUGAUUUGGUAUCGCAGCCCAUACGUGAUCCGGUCUAUACCUUCCCCACCGAAUCGGAUUUGGGACAACCCUUGAAUAGCGACAACCAGUUUAGUAGUUUUAUUAACUUUCAAAAUCUUUACACCGGAGCUGGUUCCAAUCCCGAACAGGUGGUGACCACGGUGGAUGGCCAUAAUAUACCCACACCGCAAAGGCAAAAUGUUAUGGCUGAUUCCAAUAAUAAAUUAGUUUUACAUGAUUGCGAUCCGGAAUGUGAUUCCCAGGGAUGUUAUGGGCGAGGCCCAACCCAGUGUGUGGCUUGUAAACAUUAUCGCUUGGAUAACACCUGUGUAAGCCGCUGUCCUCCUCGUUCUUUCCCCAAUCAGGGUGGAGUCUGCUGGCCCUGCCAUGAGUCGUGUGAAACUUGUGCCGGUGCUGGCCAAGACAGUUGUUUGACUUGUGCUCCCGCCCAUUUGCAUGUCACCGAUUUGGCUGUUUGCCUGCAAGUUUGUCCCGAAGGAUAUUACGAGAAUUAUGACAACAAUACUUGUGUACCCUGUGAAGCUAAUUGCGGCUCAUGUCAAGAUCGUCCAGAUUAUUGUACAUCAUGUGAACAUCAUUUGGUAAUGCACGAACAUAAAUGCUUCUCCUCCUGCCCCCUGCAUACCUACGAAACCGAGGAAUACAAUUGUGCCUCAUGCCAUUCAUCUUGUGCCACAUGCAAUGGGUCCGCCGAAUCACAAUGCAUCACUUGUCGUUCCGGUCGCUUUGCCUACGAUGGAAAAUGUUUGAAUAGCUGCCCCGAUGGUUACUAUGCCGAUAAAAAACGUCAAGAAUGUGUAUCGUGUCCAACGGGCUGUGCCACGUGUAGCAGCAAUGGCUUUUGCCUCACAUGCAAAGACAACUGGACACGCAAUAAAAAAGGAAAAUGUAUCAUCACCGGCAGUGAAAAUUGCGACGAAUCUGAAUACUAUGAUAACAAUCAUUGUCAUCCUUGCCAUAGCACUUGUGAGACCUGUGAUGGACCCACCGAAUCCAAUUGCCUAAGUUGUCCCCAGAGCCUGCUGUUGCAGAACAAACAUUGUGUAAGCACCUGUGAUGAUGGCUACUACAUGGAGGCUGGUGUUUGUGCAAAAUGUUUGCAUACCUGCACACAAUGUGUGUCACGAAUGAAUUGUACAGCAUGUGCCAAAGGAUUGCAGCUACAAAGUGGCGAAUGCCGCACCACCUGUGCUGAUGGCUAUUACAGUGACCGCGGCACUUGUGCCAAGUGUUAUCUCAGCUGUCACACCUGCAGUGGUCCACGUCGUGAUCAAUGCGUUCAAUGCCCCAGCGGUUGGCAGUUGGCUGGUGGUGAAUGUCAUCCCGAGUGUCCUGAAGGUUUCUACAAGUCAGAGUUUGGCUGUCAGAAGUGUCAUCAUUAUUGUAAAACUUGUAAUGGUGCUGGUCCAUUAGCCUGUACAUCAUGUCCAGCUCACUUUAUGUUGGAUGGCGGUCUGUGUAUGGAAUGUCUGGGUUCCCAAUACUAUGAUUCACCCACACAGACAUGUAAAACAUGCCAUGAAUCGUGUCGUUCCUGUACAGGUCCCGGCCAAUACUCAUGUCAGACGUGUGCCUUCCCAUUGCAUUUGGAUCGUUUGAAUAAUCAGUGUGUGCCGUGCUGUGCAAAUGAUGCUUCGCCCGAGGAUCAGUCAUGUUGUCAUUGUGACAAGGAUACUGGUGGCUGCAUCAAUGCCUCUCCUGCUGGCAAACGACGCAUAGCUGCCGCUGCAGAACAACAACAAUUUGGAAGUUCUUAUGGCAAUAGCGGUGGUCUCUAUGGUAACCUGUUAGAUGACUCGGAUGGUGCAUCAGGUGGUGUUGGUGGUUUGUUCUCACGCUUCGGUUCACCUUUAACAACUAUCACAGCAAUUGCGGUUGCUGCCUGUCUUCUCAUUGUAACCGUAUUUGCUGUCAUUUUUGCUGUCUUACAGCGUUCCAGUAAUCAGGCAGUCCGUAAAACUAUACGCUACAACAAAGUACCCACCAAUAGUCGACGAAGAAAUCGCAUUACAUCGGCCAGUACACUGCUCAAAGUUGAUGCUGAGGCAAAUUUAGAAGAUGAAGAAGAGGAGGAAGAUGACUACGAAGAAGAGGAUGAAGAUGAAGUUUACGAAAGGGAUUUGCAGCAACAAAAUCAAAAUUCCAAAAACAAAGAAGAAGACGAUGAUAAUGAGAAUGAGGAACAGGACGAUUUAGAUCUAUUCGAUAAAAAUAUGAAAAUGCAUAUGGGCAAGAAACAAAGAAGAACCAUGGCGGUGAGGCAGCAACACAAGGAGGAAAAUGAAUUGAAUACCUUUGUCAGAGUGCCACUUAAAAAAUCCAGUUCCAGUUCGGCGAAAACUGAAGAAAAAACGCAAAGAACAUAGAAGUGCCGCACCUGCCGCAAGGCGAUAUAAAUCCCAAGCAGAGGUGAAAACUGUGAAAAGAAAAAUUAUAAAGAAAAAAAAAACAUAAAUAACAAAAAACAUAAAAAAAUUGUAAAUUUUGUAUAAAGAAAAUUGUACCUUAUUAUAAAAAAAAAACAACAAAAAUGAUAUAAAAAAGAGGAUAUAAGAGCAUCUCCUCUCCCUCUCCCCUACCACAUAUACACACAAGAGAAUUAGAGAUGAGAAAAGUAAACGAAAACGAAAUAUGUAAUUGUAACAGCUCUAAGCUUAAAUUAUAGAGUAAUUGUAAUAUGUUUUUGUUUUGUUUUUCAUUUAAUUUUUUUGUAUUAAAUUAGGAAAUCGGUAAAAAAAACUAAAACAAAAACAAAAAACUUAAAACUUCACUUCUGUUAAUAGACAAUUCAACAUUUUAUCCACCAAACCCCCCCAAAAAAACACUUGAUUGCCGUUUACUAAACUCUUAUAGAAUAUAUUGUAAAUCUUAAUGAACUUAUAAAAAAAAAAAAACAAAACAAAAACCUUAAAUUGAUUUUAUGUGCAGUGGUUUAUAUUUUAAAAAAUUUAUUAAAGAAAUAUUUUAUUAUUAUAUGCAGAGAAAAAACAAAAACGAAACUUUUAUGUAAAUUUGUUUGUCAUUGUAAUUCUUUGUUUCCUUCCUCCUUUUGUAGCAAAUGAUUUCAACAAACAUUGGCAUACACUCCAUUGUUUACAACUCUGUUUGAGUAUGUUCAAGGACUUGAGCUUUGCGAAUUUCAAUUAUCCUAGCCACCACAGCAUAGCCAAUGAAUAAGAACACCAUGAUUUUUUUUUUUCUCUUUUAAUUUAUGUCCUAUUUUAUUGUAAUACCCUUGAUGGGCCUAUGUUAUUUCUAUUGCACUUUUAUUUUGUAGAUUUUAAUUAAUGAUGUAUGUUUAUUUUAAAAAUUGAAUAAAUCAAAAAUUGGAUGAGAAAACUGUAAAAAAAAAGAA